AUGUCAAAUACCAUUGAUUAUAGUCAUAUGGAUAAUUCCACAUACAAAGAAAAUGUCUAUACACCUAGUGAGGAUACGUUCUUUUUCGUUGAUAUCCUAAAGGAGGAUAUUCCCAGGAUACUGGCAUUAGAGCCUUUAUUUGUUUUAGAAGUUGGCUCUGGAAGUGGAUACAUUUCGACCUAUCUCCUAAAACUUUUUGAAUCACAUCUAUCGAAUGGAUCCAACGUACCAUUAGCAUUAGAAUCAGAGAUAGUUAGAACAGAUCAUUCAGAGGCAAUACAACAUUUGCCGUUUUUAGUGGCAGUAGACAUUAAUAACCGUGCAAAUGAAAGCACAAUGGACAUGUUUAAGCUCAAUUCUGUUUCGAGUUAUUCGGACGUCGUUUGCAUUGAUUUGCUAGGUGAAUCAACCGUCAACCGUUUUUUUGACCUAGUACUUUUUAAUCCACCAUAUGUUCCUUGUGAAUACGGAUUAAGUGGUUCUCAAAAUCUGAUCGAUUGUGCUUGGAACGGUGGGAUCAACGGAGCUGAGGUUAUUGUCAGUUUUAUAGAAUCCGUUGGUAGUUAUCUAUCAGAAAACGGAGUAGUAUACUUAUUGGUAGAGAAGAGAAACAAGAUCGACACGAUAAUACGCAUCGUAGAGGAUAAUGGUUUUAAGGCGAAUCUCAUAGGCACACGAAAAAUUAUCGGUGAAACACUCUCAAUGAUAAGGUUUUCUAGGAGUGAUGAAUACAAUGCUAAUACUUGA